UCUGGAGCGUUUCAGAACCCCAUCCUGCUUUUGCAAAACUGAUCAUCCAACAACUUGAAGAACAAUUCCUUACACGGACGAGAACAAAGGAAAUGAUGAUGAUGAGGAACAUCCUUCUUCUUUUGCCUUUUGUUCUGCUCUGCAUGGCUGCUGUGUUUAAGGAGAUCAAAGGAAAUCCAACCUAUGAUGACUUCAAAAAAAAGCACAUCAUCGGAAACAAUGAUUUACCGGGCAACACUUAUAAUAAAAAAUGUACAGACGAAAUUAAAAAACGUGAAAUAUUCAUAAAUAGAAAUAACCAACAAGAAUGUAAGCCAAUCAAUACAUUCAUAUAUGGUGACGAACAAUCAAUCAAAGACAUCUGUAAAUCAAAAUAUAACUACACUGUAAAUAAGAACAAUCAGAUGAAAACCUUCACAUGCAGUAGUGAGAAGUUUGACAUCAUUCUAUGUAAGACCCAGGACAUUGGAAAACUGUUUAAAAAUGGCUGUAACUAUGAAGGUACUUUUCACGAGAAAAUGCAUGUUGCUGUUGCAUGUGAAAAUGGUUUACCAGUGCACUAUGAAAUACAAAUUGAUGAAUGUGAUUAAACUCAGGAAAAAUACACUGGAAAUGAACUAUCCUGUGAUCCAGAAUAUCACUUUAAACAUGACAAUUAUGAGCCUUUUUAUUGUCUGUCAAAUUCAUACAAAACGUGCAUUAAAAAUGCUUUUCUUGUGGACAUCUAUUGUAUCACCUGCUAUCAUUUGCUUUUGCAGAAUCACCUGCAUGCAGUUAACAUUUCACUCAACUUUUCAAG